GUGCAGAAAGGUUGCAUUUGAACCCUUUAUAAAAGCUGCCAACGGCGAUGCUCACAAGUUCGAGCCAACUUGUCCACUCCAGGUCGACAAACUGCCAACAUCGCCAGCAUCGCCAGCAUCUGUCCAGCAUCUGUCCAGCAUUCUCCAACACAAAAGCCAUGAUGGGUGUCAGAGGCCAGGUAGCCCGGCAUUACCUCCCUUGCUGGGGUCUUGCCCGAGCCUUGUGUUGCUUCUCAUCCAACGCGUUCAUCGCCCUCUUCGUCCUCGUCUCUCUGUCCAGCGCUGCCGUCGUCACCACCUCCAGCAUCCACACACCGACAGGAGGGUCGUGUGAGCCGAGCCUAGGCUCCAUGGAGAUCCGCUACAAGAACUGCACGCCCAUGGUGGUGCCGGUGUUGGCGUGCACCGGACGCUGCGAGUCGUACGCCAGGCCGGACCCCAACAACCCCAUCGUCCUGCAGCGGGACUGCCAGUGCUGCAGCGAGCUGGAGCGGGUAGAACGCUACGUGCGUCUGCGCUGUCCGUCCCCCAACGACCCGCAUCAAGUCGAGCUUUACCGCUUUCCACUCAGUUUUCCACGUAACUGUGCCUGUCGUCCCUGCUCCUCCUAAACUAUCUACCCACCCACCACUCUCUCUAUCUCUCAACUCGACUGACCUCGCCUACUUCUGAAGAAAACG